AUGACGAUAAGAAGCUGUGAGGCUUACAAGUUUAUAUUUCUCUUUGCAGGUCAGGAUCGCAGUGAAGCAACUUUAAUAAAGAGGUUUAAAGGUGACGGUGUGAGAUACAAAGCAAAACUCAUUGGGAUAGACGAAGUCUCUGCAGCACGAGGUGACAAGUUAUGUCAAGAUUCCAUGAUGAAAUUAAAGGGAAUUGUUGCUGCAUCUCGUUCAAAAGGUGAACAUAAACAGAAAAUAUUUCUAACCAUCUCCUUUGGAGGAAUCAAAAUCUUCGAUGAGAAGACAGGACUACUACAACACCAUCAUGCAGUACAUGAAAUUUCAUACAUCGCAAAGGAUAUCACAGACCAUCGGGCCUUUGGAUACGUAUGUGGAAAGGAAGGGAAUCAUAGAUUUGUGGCAAUAAAAACAGCCCAGGCAGCAGAACCUGUGAUUUUGGAUUUGCGAGACCUCUUCCAACUUAUUUAUGAGUUGAAACAAAGAGAAGAACUGGAAAAGAAGGCACAAAAAGAUAAACAAUGUGAACAAGCAGUAUAUCAGGUUCCUACUAGCCAAAAGAAAGAAGGUGUUUAUGAUGUGCCAAAAAGCCAACCUGUAAGUCUGGAGAAUGGAAACCUGUUGUUGGACAUAGAAGAAAAUCUUGGUAGAAUCACUCAGGCUGUUCCCCAACUAGAGCUGUUUGGGGAUAUGUCCACUCCUCCUGAUAUAACCUCUCCCCCUACCCCUGCAACUCCAGGUGAUGCCUUUAUCCCAUCUUCAUCCCAGUCACUUCCUGCUGGUACAGAGGUAUUUAGUUCUGUACCUUACAGCACUGCUGCUGUACCCUCAGGUUAUGUUGCAAUGGGAGCUGUCCUGCCUUCCUUCUGGGGACAGCAACCACUUGUUCAACAACAACUGGCCAUGGGUGCUCAGCCUCCAGUUGCUCAGGUGAUGCAAGGAGGACAGUCAAUUGCAUGGGGACAACCUGGGAUGUUUCCUCCCACCCAGCAACCAUGGCCAUCUGUAGCUGGUCAGUUUCAGUCCGCUGCCUUCAUGCCAACACAAACUGUUUUGCCUUUACAAGCAGCCAUGUUUCAAGGUACCAUUGUUCCCACUGCUACUGUUCCACCUACCAGUGAUUCCACCAGAUCAAGUCCACAGACAGAUAGCCCAAGGCAGCAAGCUGGAAAAGAAAUGUUUAAAGAUUUCCAGAUGGCUCAGGCACCUCCAGUACCAUCACGAAAACCAGAUCAGCCUUCCCUCAGUUGUACCUCAGAGGCCUUCUCCAGUUAUUUUAACAAAGUUGGAAUGGCACAGGAAGCAGAUGAUUGUGAUGACUUUGAUAUCUCUCAGUUAAAUCUGACUCCUGUGACGUCUACAACACCAUCAACAAAUUCACCCCCAACUCCUGCUCCUAGACAGAGUUCUCCAUCUAAAUCCUCAGCAUCUCAUACCAGUGACGCUGCUGCUGAUGACCUCUUUGAAGAGGGCUUCGAAAGUCCAAGCAAAAGUGAAGAGCAAGAAGCAGAAAGAGAACCACUCUAUGCCCAGAUCAACAGACCUAAGACCUAAGAAAUAGCAUUGGCCCACACUCGUGGCACUUCACGUCUCAAAUGAAAACUCCAGUCUUGACAGGCCUUUGGCUCCUACUCUUACUAAUAUUAUUUAGUUAUCUCAGCUAAUCAAGGAUAAUCAUAUCACUGGAUUAAUUCAACACACAAUAUGUUUUGCCAACUCUGUUUGGCAGAACAUUGCUUCCCCCCACCCCUUAUUUUUCAAAAUCCUACUUUCCUAGGGAGGAGGGGAAAAUGUCAUCUGCAUUCCUACAAUUUUGAACUAUCCAAACACCUUUUCUUCUUGUUACCUUUUGUUGUUUCUAGGACUCCAUAUAAUGAAAGUAGGUGAUCCAAAUCUAUUAGAUGACAACUCAUUGUUUUUAUAAUACAGAAACACAGAGAAAUCAAACACAUUCUGUUCACCAGUUAUUGAGCAACACAACUGCACAUUUGAAGAUAUGGUAAAAAAAUUUAUGGCCAUCACAAACUGAUCCUUCUGUAUUUUCACCCAGUAUACCAGCCUACAACAGCAUAUAUGAAGGAAGUAUUCAAGUGUUUCAUCCCCCUCCCAUUACUUAAAAACUGGUGACAGACACUAGCAGCAGAAUGUCUCCUGUGAAAAUAAUUCUUAACUUGAAGUCAUGGAAUCCCAUUUCACCAAUCAUCAGUUUUGAUUGAAAAUGUUGCCAAAUGGACCUUUUGAUUUUUCAAUACAUCAAAGAAGAGAUGAAAUGCUGCUUUUUCUGUUUUGAAUACUACUGCUAUGAGUAGAGAAGGACAUCAGAUCUUUUGAUGGAAAAACAAACUGUGUGUUAUUUCCUAGGGAACUCUUAAAACAAAGAUCAGUAAAGGAUAUUUUUUAUUUCUUUGAUACCUUGCUGCUGUGAAGCUAUGCAGACAAGUGUUUUUUUCUUCUCUCUGUGCCAUUUUUUGAAGAGAAAAAAAACUGUUUGCCAAAUACUUCUACAUCUGGAUUUGAUUGGGUUGGACUUUAAUAAUAACAGGAUGGAGGUGGCAUGAAUUUUGAAAUAAUGAACUUAUUCUGCGAUCAAAUGGUUCAUCUUUAUCACUUUUUGUACAUUGGAAAAAAAUUCAAAUGGGAUUUUUAUUUUAUAACUUGAAAUUUAAAAAUAAAAAUCUUAACUGUUAAAACUCUUUCAGUGUUUAAGGGAAAAUGGCUUUAAAGAGUCCGAAUGAAAAUUGCCAGGUUUUCUUUUGUUUUGUAAAUAUAAACGUUAGGAGGUGUUUUUUUUCACCAUGACAUCACACUGUAGGGAAGGUAGUAAAUGAUGGUAUUUCGGAAGCGUGGAAACCCCCAUUUUGUGGUUCUUGUAUCACGUUUGUUUGGUUUUGUUUUCACAUGCUUAUAGUUAGUGGGAUAAAGCUGAAGUGCGUUUCCCAACUACAAUUUUGUUGCCUGAAACUAGCUAGGUUGAUGGAGAGCCCAUAAUCAUACAAUCUUGCUUUUAUAAUGCAACUCUUAUCACAUACUUUACAUUUUUUGGAGAAAAGUCACAUUUCAUACCCAUUUCCUAAUUUAAUAGAAGCUGUUUACACACCACAGAAGCAAGUUUUUUAAAACUGUUUUUUUUAAUAUAUUUAUGUAAGAAAAGUGCAGUGUUUGGUUUCUAUUCUUCGCACAUGAUUUGCAUAAAGAAUCUAUAUAUUUUUGCCCUACAGAGAAUUGUUAUACAGGUCAAAUAUGUUUUCCUGAUGUUCCUAUGCAGAUUACAAUAUAUUGAACUUUAGUGGUUUAGCACUAAAAAAGAAGAGUUAAAUAAUUCAAAUGAUGACUUGUUUCAAGGAUUAUGCAGAUUUUGUUUUUAAAAUCAAAAUACCAAUAUGCUUGUGUUUUCUCCUUUGAUUAUAUAGGCCUGGAGUUAUAUUUCAUGCAUUUGAAUUAUUAAAGCAUUUUACAAGAGUAGAUGAAAACUGGUGAUUUGGUGUUAUUGAAACUAAACUUGAAAUUUCCAGCUGGUUUUUUUCAACAUAGGUACUGAAUCAAAAUAUGUGUGGAACAGUCAGUCGAACUAUAGGCUUUAAUAUUGGUGCAGAUCUAAUGUACUUUUCCAGUCAUUUCCUCUCUGUACUCUUUUGGUGUGCAACCUUGUUUCAAUAAAAGACUCCAUGUGGAUUUUACAGAACAUGAUUAGUGAUGUGAAAGAGGAACAAAUGAUAAUUUGAGUCCAAUUAAAGCAGAAAGUAGUUGUGCCCAAAAUAAAAAUUAACAUGUUUGUAAAGUCAGUUUGUUUUUCUUCAUUUCCCCUUUCCCCAGCCUGUUUUUAUCUAACCCACAAAUCAAUUUAUUUUAACUUGAUCAUUAUAUAUUUGUGAAAGGUGAAGAUGGCCUGGGUCUGCACAAGCCUUUUCCCAGCCCAAAAUAUUCAUCAAUUUUGUGGUCAUUGUCAGCAUCUCUAUCGCAAAUGUGCAUCAAAAGAAAAAUGCAAAAAAGUUAUCUCUUUUGUAACAUAUAAAUGUUAGCUUUGUUUUUUACCUAUGAAAAAAGAUGACAUCAUUCAAAAGGACAUUUCAACCCUGAAAUAUUGAUGUAUUGUAUAGUCAAUAGUGAAAUCUUGCUAAACUAAGUUUUUAUUGAAACACAAACAUACAGAACUCGAAAUAUCCAUAGAUAUUGUAGCAUGGUGCGGACUAACAGUCAGUUCAUUGAUGAUGGUUGUUAUUGGGUUCCAAAUAUAUGAGAGAGAUAAUUACAACUGGUAUUAAGAGAUCAUAAGGAAAUUUGCUCUAUACAAACCGCAAGUCUUUUCCUGAAAUAAGACAACCCAUGCUUAACUUAUCCAUCAUUAGAUUAUUCCUUUCUACCAUAAUCUAGAAGAAAAACAAUGUAGACGCCUGCACUAUACAAGUAUUGUAGAUAGGAAAUGUAUCUACAGGAAUCUGUUCAUCACUAGCACUAAGCUUGUCACUUUAAACUUUAAACCAGGGAAUACCAUCCCAUCCUGUCCUGUUUCCAAUCGUUUCUUGAUUCUUACAUUCUUAAUGUAUUUUGAUUCAUUGUUGUCAUUAAAUUGUCUGAUGAAAUCUAUGAUUGAAUAAUGUACUGGGCACCUUCUUUGCAAAGAUGUUUACUUUCUACUUUGAUUUGUUUGAUUUUGUGUUCUCACACAUUUAUUUUUUAAAAGAAAGAUGAAAAUGACUGUUUUGCAGUACAUUUCUAGAUCUACUUUAACUUUACCUCAGAGGAAAACCAUUUGUUAACAUCUGUUGAACAUCUUCUUUCCCCUUAUGUAUAAUGCAUUCAUCAGAAGAAAUUUUUAGAGAUUUUCCAUUGAUUUCUGUAAGACACCAUGUAG